CGGAGGAGGAGGAGGAGGAGGCGGCAGCCAUGGUGGAGGAGGGAGGCGGCGACGGUGCCAUGAGUUUCCUCAAGCGAUUCCCGCCGCCGGCCGAAGGCGUUCGCCACCGGCAGCCCGACACGGAGGCGGUGCUGGCGGGGCGCACCCUGGGCGCCGGAACGCUUUACAUCGCCGAGAGUCGCCUGUCUUGGCUGGAAAACUCUGGAGUUGGCUUCUCCUUGGAUUAUCCCACCAUAAGUUUACACGCCGUCUCCAGGGACCUGAGCGCCUUCCCCUCCGAGCACUUGUACGUCAUGGUCAAUGCCAAAUUUGAAGAGGAGGGGACAAAAGAGCCUCCCGUGGCUGAAGGGGAGGAGGAGGAAGACAGCGAUGACGACGCUGAACCGAUUGCGGAAUUCAGAUUUGUGCCUAGUGACAAAUCAGCCUUGGAAGCCAUGUUCUCAGCCAUGUGUGAAUGCCAAGCUCUGCACCCAGACCCAGAUGAUGAAGAUUCAGACAACGAUUACGAAGGGGAGGAGUACGACGUCGAGGCCCGUGAGCUGGAACAAGGUGACAUCCCGAGCUUUUACACUUACGAAGAAGGAUUGUCGCAUUUAACCGCAGAAGGUCAGGCCACCCUGGAGAGGUUAGAAGGCAUGUUAGCCCAGUCCGUCAGCAGCCAGUACAACAUGGCAGGAGUGAGAACAGAAGACUCCAUAAGGGAGUUUGAAGAUGGGAUGGAGGUGGACAUAGCUCCAGUAGUUGCGGGGCAGUUUGAAGAUGCAGAAGUGGAUCACUGAGGAGGACAUUCACUGCUAUCCCUCUUGGUGGCACUUCCAGAAUAAGCUGGUAAAACUGAAGGCACUGCAGUGACUAUCGGGAGUUAACCUUUCUUUUAAUGACCUAAGCUUAGACAUCUAGGUCCAUAAAUGCUUUUAUAGAUGUUUAAAACAGGGUUUGACGUUUCUGACCACUAUGGGGUUAUUCAAACAAACAAACAACAAAAAAACCCAACCCACAAACAAAAAGAACCAAUAAAACCUCUUCCAUCUAACACUUGAAUGGGGCUAAUCAGGGGUCAUUUCAAAGAAGCCUUCGUAGGAAUUCUGGGACUUGAGAAAUAAAGCUGUAAUUAGAAGAGGAUUUUCGAUUGUCCUAGAAUUUGCCGUAUUUUUGUACCUGUUCGUUACGUCGCUGGAGCAGAAUGGAAAAUGUUACACGUAGGGUUGGCCAAGGAUUAAAAGUGAAGCUAAAUUCAAAGCCCCUCCAAAUUACCUGGCUUCAUCCGGUCAGCGCUGUCCCUUUCACUCCUGGGAGAGCAGCGGUCGGGUGGAGAUGGAAGGCAGCCCCCAAAGUCCUGGAAAAAAAGAGAAUCGUUUUGUGUCUUUGUAUGAAACGUUAACAACAUUGUUAAAUAAACUAAGAUUUUUUUGG